GAGGAGUGGCAGCACAUGGGUCCUAUUCAAAGGACGCUUUACAGAGAUGUGACGCUGGAGAACUACAACAACCUCGUCGCAGUGGGGAACUGCCUUUUCAAACCAGAGGUCAUCUUCAAGUUGGAGCAAGGAGAAGAGCCUUGGUUCUUAGAGGAAGAAUUCUCAAACCAGGGCCACCACAAACAUUACAGAAAUGAUGACCUGAUCAAGAGGAACAAGAAAAUAAAAGACAAACACUUGCAGCAAAUAACACUGAUCAAUAAUAAGACUAUGACUAGAAAAGAAGAGGAAAUUUGGGGAAAACCAUUUAAUCUACACAUAGCUCCUGUUUCUUCAACAAAAAUGUCCUGUAAAUAUGUCUCAUGGGGAGUGAAUUUGCAAAAUAUUUCUCAAUGUGUCAUUAAUAUUACCUAUUCAACAACAAAAACGGAUUGCUGUAGUGUCUGUGGAAAUGUGCCUUUCAAAAUUAACUUUGAGAGAACUCAUACUGGAGAUAAAUUUUUUGAAUGUAAUAAAAAUGGGAAAGCCCUCAUUUAUAAAGAAAAUUUUCUUGAGCAUCAAAAGUGUCAAAUUUUGGAGCAAGGUUCUGAAUAUAAUUCUGAAAAAUUCCAUGAUGAGGCUGCCUUUGUUACACACAAGAGUAUUCACACAGGAGAAAAGUCCUGUAAAGAUGAUGGAUAUAGCAAAAAUCGUGAUAAGAUAACACUCUUUGAUAAAAAAAGCACUGGAACAGAAGAGAAGUACUCUAAUCUUAAGCAGUGUGGGAAAUCCUUCUGUGAGAAGUCAGCUGUCAUGGAACACCAUAAAGUUAACAUGGCCAUGAAACACUAUGUAUAUAAUGCCAGUGAGAAUAAUUUCAACAGGAAGUCACAUCUCACUCAGUCUCAGAGAAUUGCCACAGAAGAGAAUGCAUUGGUAUAUAAUGACAAAACACAAACUGGGGAUAGAUCCUUUGAAUAUCAUGAAAAUAGAAAAUCCUACCUGAUGUCAGCCCACAAAGUACGCCAAAGAACUCACUCUAACAUCAAAUCCUAUAAAUGUAACGAAUGUGGGAAAUCCUUCUGUCAAAAAGGACAUCUCACUCAACACCAGAGAACCCACACAGGAGAGAAACCAUUUGAAUGUAAUGAGUGUGGAAAAACUUUCUCCCAGAAGUCUCAUCUCAGUACACAUCAGAGAAUUCACACAACAGAGAAACCCUUUAAGUGUAAUGAAUGUGGGAAAACAUUUGUCCAGAAAUCAACCCUCAGAGGACAUCAGAGAAUUCAUACAGGAGAGAAGCCCUAUGAAUGUAGUGAGUGUGGGAAAACUUUUGUUCAAAAGUCAACCCUCAGAGACCAUCAUAGAAUUCACACAGGGGAGAAAUCAUUUCCAUGUAAUGAAUGUGGUAAAACUUUUGGCCAGAAAUCAAACCUCAGGAUACAUCAGAGAAUUCAUGGUGGUGAGAAAAGUUAUCAAUGUAAUGAAUGUGAAAAAUCUUUCUGGCGAAAAGACCAUCUCAUUCAACAUCAGAAAAUACACACAGGAGAGAAACCAUUUAAUUGUAAUGAAUGUGGGAAAACUUUUGCCCGGACAUCAACCCUCCGAGUUCAUCAGAGAAUUCACACUGGGGAGAAACCAUUUAAAUGUAAUGAAUGUGGAAAAAAAUUUGUCCGGAAGGCAAUCCUUAGUGAUCAUCAUAGAAUUCACACAGGGGAGAAACCCUUUCAAUGUAAUAAAUGUGGGAAAACUUUUGGCCAGAAAUCAAACUUCAGAAUACAUCAGAGAACUCACAGCGGGGAGAAGUCUUAUAAAUGUAAUGAAUAUGAAAAAUUGUAUAAGAAGUCAACCCUAAAUGUAGGCCAGAGAAUUCAGGGAGGGAGAAAACCCUAUUGA